ACGACACAACGUUUUUCAGCCUCAACGUUUUGGUAGAAAAAAACUGUGGAUUUAUUCGCUUUUUAGCCAAUAACGCGAGCAAACCGACAAAGGAAACAAGUGUUUGUUUAACGUAUAGAAGAUUAUUAGAAGAAUUUCUUUACUGUGUGGUUUUCUUGUGACAUCCGGGACCGGAAAAGAGCCGUUUUCCCCCCUUCAGCUGGUCUGCGGAUUCCCCACUAUUUGCAGUAGAAGUUGUGUGAGCCGGCUGAGAUGAGCGGUCCAGAGGUGGCCAAGACACCGGGAGGCGGCGCUCCGGGCAAAGAGGGAAAGGAGCCGGUGGCCAAUGGGCACGCAGGAGAGGGCAGCGACGCCAACCCAUUCGCUGAAUACAUGUGGAUGGAGAAUGAGGAGGAGUAUAACAGACAGGUGGAGGAGGAGCUGUUGGAACAGGAAUUCCUAGAGCGCUGCUUCCAGGAAAUGCUGGAGGAGGAGGACCAGGACUGGUUCAUCCCUUCGCGUGACCUCAACAACCAGGGGGUGGGGCAGCUGCAGCAGCAGCUCAACAGCCUGUCCGUCAGCGAUCACCACAGCAACCUGGAGGAAGUGGCGAGGAAGAGCAUCUUGAAUCCCGAAGCGAAGGAGUUCGUUCCGGGGAAGAAAUACUAGGAGUCCCCCUCACCCCCAUGGAGCCUCCACGCGCACCCAAACACACAUACACACCAGUCCUCACAUAUUCUCAGAGACUCUGGCGGCCAUGACCGCGCACACACUGAUUCUCACACACACACACACACACACACACACACACACACACACACCACUUGAAGUUAGUGGCGUGCUGGCAGGCCCAGUCGGGGGGUGGGGGGAUUUCUUUUUCUUUCUCUCUCUUUUCUUUGUUUCUUUAAUCUUUUUAUUUCCUGUUUGUUUCUUGUAAACUGAGGGACAUUGGGAACAGGGGUGGGGGAGGGGUGUAAUACCAGCACCGCCCCACUGCGGGCGCUAGCUCAUCAUUGCAUUUCAGACGAUACUGUUGAUGUUUGCAGAGUAUGCAGAUCUCAUCGAAGUCCCCUUUUGAACUGAGGCAGCUACCUAGGAGUGAUGCCAGGACAAAACGUAUAAAAUCUAAAACAUCUGAUAAACUUAAAAUGACUUCUCAUACGUGUUACUUAACUUGUCAAAUUGGAAAAAACGACACCGCCUUGCAUUAAGCUGAAGGUUUCCGUGACGAUGUUAGAGAGGGAUUAACACUUCAGGGGGCUUGAUGGGCGUCUGCCACUGCUCUGUAGAGUCAUCAGCCAAUCAGACCCGUUACCGUUUGCUCCAAUGAUGUCAUAAGAUCCCUGUGACAUCACAGCUCUUGUGCAUCUAGAGAUGCGGGUUGUUAUUUGUAUCCGCAGCGGCUCCGUUCCAAACCAAAUACAGACCCCACCCUCCCCGCACACUCGUGUGAUCAGUGAUCAGAACAGACAUGGACAGGCGUAAUCAUGGAUGAAUUAUUAUUUUUCCCAAUUUAUGUGGAAGUCCAUGUUUAUCUUUUGUCCAGCUUUAUAAGAACAGAGGUGUGAGUUCCCCAAUCAUGCAUCACGUCGUGUUUAGUGAGAAAAAUCUUAUUCUAAAGUCAGAGCUUUUUGAACUGUCACAAACUCAGUUGUCGUCAUUUUUCUGUUCACCGUUUGUCUUUGGUUCAUUUGGAUUCAUGACAUACGCUGAACAACCUCGUCACAGGGGGGUGUUUGGUCUGGAACACAGCCACUGCCUCUUUCUGCCGCAACAACUUGGUUUGUCCAGCAUCAGAUCAAGUGUCCAUAUCCAAAUCAGGUUUUCAAAUAGCCUCUCCUCCUCUUUUUUUUCUUUUUUUCUUCAUGUUUUUGAGGAUGAGGCGUUUUGUGUCUCUACUGGGUAUAGUAGCCUGUGGUGUCCAUUCAGUCCUGUUAGUAGGAGGAAACAUGAGGAGACAGUAUUGUCACAGCCAGUCAGAAUAAAGCAGUAUGGAACAUGUGGCCGACACUAUGGCCUCCUUGAUGUUCUUCUCUUUGUAGGUUGACUCUCUUGAGGAAGUUUUUCUGUUUAACCAUUGAUUUCUGUUGUGGUCUGGUUUUCCCUGAAGCAUCGCCCUGUAGUACAAGUAUAAUAUCUUUCAAGUUGUGAACCAGUAGGAAAAAGUUGUUUAUGUGAAAGUAACUUUCAGGAAACCCAGAUUGUUAUUAACAGUAAUCAUUAAUUACUGAAUUGAAUUUUUUCUUAGUCUCAGCCAGCUCGGCUUGAAAAUUUGGAGGCAGUAUUGUCACAAGAGCAAAUUUUGUGACGUGAAAAACCAAUCAUGCCACAGUUCAUUUGUGGUAUUAACAGUGACAAUGUCUUGUUCUAUUUUUACUUGUAGACACUUCUGCACUUGUACUUGCGUUUAGCAUCUGACAGGCAAAGGCACAUCUGUCCAUCUGUGCAGCUUUUAGAGUUCAGCCUAUCCGAGUACUCAAGUGUGUUCUCAAACCGUUCAGUGGAGAGCGUGAAAAUGUGGUUAAAAGGAAACUUCCUCACAGUGUUGGACCACAGCUGUCGAAAUGGCACCCUGGUGAAGCCAAUAGGAAUGUCCGCCAGGUGGAUUGUACAACAUGAAAUCAUUUUUGGUGAUUUUGUUUGAGUUAGAUGACAGAAGCCGUUUAAGAAAAAGAGGUCCAGAAGACACAGAGUAUGAAUUUCAAUACAAAUAAAAAUAAUGAAAAAAGACGAAUAAAGAUAUUAAAGACAAA